CGGAUUGGUGGGCUCUGCUAGAGCAGCCUUGCAGACCACCUUGGGGUGCACGAGCUCUGUGCAAGACUCCUGCAAUUACCGCUUUUACCUUGGGGCGGGGUUUAGGGUCGUGUUGAGCUCCUCAUUAUACCGGUUUCUUCAUUCCAUGAAGAAGAGCUUGAAAGUGUUGCUUUGCCAAAAUACAUUAAAAUGGGCCAAAAGUGGAUGCAGACACUUGUUUUACUGUUCUUUUGUCAAGAAACUCUCCAACUGAGUUCUCUAACAGAGAAAAUGGAUGGAGACCGUGUGGAGAUCACUUGUGCACCGAAUUCAAAGAUUAAGAGCAACAUGGUGAUUUGGUUUCGAGUGCAGGACAACGCUGGAAUGGAGUUUAUUGCGUCGUUUAGUACUAAGGACGGUCAGAAGAAAACAGACGUGGACACCAAUGUCUUCAGCGACGAGCAGAUAAGCAAAAACAUCUUGAUACUGAAGGCUUUCGAAAAGGCUCGAGAUAGUGGCGUCUACAGCUGUGCGUCAAUCAACGGUAACGCGCUUGUGUUUGGUGAAGUAACUCGGCUUGCUGGGCCAGCUGCGACAACAACAACAACAACAACAACCAUGAUGACUACACCAAUGACCACAGCCAUAGAGCUAACCAGCUCUACAACUGCCAAGUCGUGCAAAUUGGGAAAGGUGGACCCUAGUGCAUCCUGUGAUUUGAUUGUUUGGGCUCCAUUGGCUGCUGGCUGUGGCUUCCUCUUCCUCCUCCUCAUCAUCACUGUAUGCCACUGCAACCGGAUAAGAACGAAACGAUGCCCACAUCAUUACAAAAGACAGCAGAGAAUGGGAGCACCAGGGCAACAACAUCCUAUAGCCAACAACAGACUUUUCUAACCCUCAACAGACACUGAGAAAGAGGGACGCAAGACGGCGCAACAUUGUUUCUACUAUCAACCAUUCAGUUUGUUCUAUUAUAUACAUUUUUACUGACACAUUUGUUCUGUAACAUCAUUGAAUUAGUAGAAAUAGCAUAAUUCUCGCUCUCUUCAUUUAAUCAACAUACUAGCUUUAAGUCAGGUUUGUGAAGAUGAUUCAUGUCAUUACUCAGUCUAAUAAAUAGAGAUAUAUUUGCUUAUAGCUUAGUUUAUAAUGAUGUUAUGAGAUACUUUUCUCCUUCUGACUUUCAUGGCCGGUAAAUGAAACCAAAGACACAAGCUCUGCAGCAAAACUUAAAUAAAACCAACGUAACAUUUUCUAACUCAAAUAGUUGGAAUUCUUCCUGAUA